AUGGAACAAUAUCUUAAUCGUCUACUUCUCAUUGUCUCUCUAUCUUCCCUCCUCUCCUUUUUGUACUCUGCAGAGGCUCGCAAUUCCGCCCAACAAGUGGACCUUCCCUACAAACUCUCAACUUUCUCCGUCUCCUCCCCCACCCAACCACCCCCAAACCUGGCGGCGUCUUCAGCUUCGCCACCAUCACCACCACCAAAACCAGAGCCUACCAAGCCCCAGCAGGCCACCCCUCCAACCCCACCAGUGACGAAUCCAAGCACAAACACCGUAGUUGAUCCAAAAAUCAAUAAAAUCUGCCAAGCCACUGACUACCCAGAUCUCUGUCUCUCUUCCCUCAAACCCUACCUCUAUGGAAAGACUGAUCUGAUCACCAUCAUGCAUGACGAAAUCAAGACUUGCAAAGACAGAGCAAUUGCUGCUUCAGCGGCGGCUCAGAAGAAGUCUCAGGACCCAAAAAACAAUAUCGACACGAUUUCCGUCGCUAAGGAUUGCAAACACAGUUUCAGAGAUGCUUUAGCAAACAUUCAGGAAGCAGAGGAUGCAAUGAAGGUUCAUGACAUUGGCACCGUCAAUUCCAUGCUUAGCGCCGCUUUGACUGAUAUAGGUGAUUGUGAUGAUGAGAUCUCCCAUAACCGAGAGGUGCAACAGCUCUUAUCCCGCCCAGAUGUUACCUUGAAAGAUCUAACCGGCAAUUGCCUCGCCAUUGCUUCCUUGAUCAAGUACUAA